AUGGACAAGUUGUCCCUAACCGAAACAUGGCGGCCCGACCCGGCCGCGUCCUUCUUCCGCCCGCCGGAAACCCCGAGAGAACCGAUGGAGUUCCUCUCCCGCUCCUGGAGCCUCUCCGCCUCCGAGGUCUCCAAGGCUCUGGCCCCACCACCGCCUCCCCACCACCACCACCACCAAUUGCUCUUCUCCAAGCCCGCCAACGCCGCCAUUCAGGAGGACAUCACCGCCGAGCUCGACGACGGCGCCGCCGUCUUCUCCGGCAACCCUUUCUCCUUUGCUUCCUCCGAGACUUCUCAGAUGGUGAUGGACCGUAUCUUAUCCCACUCGCAAGAGGUCUCUCCAAGAACUUCCGGCAGGCUUUCACACAGCAGCGGCCCACUCAACGGUUCACUCACCGACAGCCCGCCAGUUUCUCCGUCGGAGAUGGAGGACGUGAAGAACUGCCGGGCCGGUAACAACAACAACCACCACCUCCACUUCACCAUUCCCCAUUUUCGUACGCCCUCCGGCACGCCAGGCGGCGGCGGAGGAGCGAUGAUGGGAGGCCCCGGCGGUGGCGGAGGGAGGACGGUGGGUAGGUGGUUGAAGGAUCGGAAGGAGAAGAAGAAGGAAGAGACGAGGGCGCAUAACGCCCAGGUCCACGCCGCGAUCACCGUUGCGGGAGUCGCCGCUGCCGUCGCGGCGAUCGCUGCCGCCACGGCGGCGUCUUCCGGGGCGGGGAAGGACGAGCAGCACGCGAAGACCGACAUGGCGGUGGCUUCCGCGGCGACGCUGGUGGCCGCGCAGUGCGUGGAGGCGGCGGAGGCCAUGGGGGCCGAGCGCGAGCAUCUUGCCGCCGUCGUCAGCUCCGCCGUGAACGUUAGGUCGGCCGGGGAUAUCAUGACCUUGACCGCCGCAGCUGCCACGUCUCUGCGUGGCGCGGCGACAUUAAAGGCGAGGGCAUUGAAGGAAGUGUGGAACAUUGCGGCGGUGAUCCCGGUGGAGAGAGGGAUCGGAGGCGGUGGUCCGGCGGCUGGUAACGGUAGCAAUGGAAGUUCUAGCGGGGAGCUUGUUCCUGAAGAGAAUUUUCUGGGGAUUUGCAGCAGAGAAUUGUUAGCCAGAGGCUGUGAUCUCCUGAAGCGAACCCGCAAAGGCGACCUGCACUGGAAGGUUGUAUCCGUCUACAUCAACAGGACGAAUCAGGUUAUGUUGAAGAUGAAGAGCAGACAUGUUGCUGGGACCAUAACCAAAAAGAAAAAGAACAUUGUGUUGGAGGUGAUCAAGGAUGUCCCGGCCUGGCCAGGCCGGCAUUUGCUGGAGGGUGGAGAGAACCGGCGAUACUUUGGGCUGAAGACAGUGCUACGAGGCGAGGUGGAGUUCGAGUGCAUGAGUCAGAAGGAGUACGAUCUCUGGACGCAGGGGGUGUCGAGACUUCUGGCAAUUGCAGCUGAAAAGAGAGGGGUGUCCAGGCAUAGGAUUUGA